AUGGACCGCUCAGUUUUGCUGUAUUUGACUGUUUUGAAGGUUCGAUUCAGCGAUGUUUGGAACAAACAGCACAAUGUCUUGCAGCCCGGCGUGACUCAGGCUGAUGCGAAUGUGCAACAACGAGGAGUGAACGAACUUCGGCAAAUGUUUCCGACUUUUCCCGAGUCGACAAUCACUCAGCUUUUGAACGCUCACUCCGGCCAAGUGGAUCAAACAGCUUUGACGAUUGCAGCUCUUAGCGAAAUUUUUCAUAGUGAAGAAGACAUUGUAGAGGACUCGGUCGUGCUGCCAUCCGAGAUUCUAUUUGAUGAGCGACUAUCCGAUCUCCACAAGCUGGUGUUGAGAAGUAAUCCCUGGUUGACCAACUUUCCUCUCCUGAUGCCAGGUCCAGAUAUUCAUCAUGUGGCAGCAAACCUGGCGCUGGAGUACAAGGGGAAGUACUGCUGGUCUACCUGUUUCGAUGCGGACUUUCUCGCUGCUCUCAUGUACGAGGGCUACCUUCCCAUGGCAGAGAUGACGAAGGAAGGACCUGCCAAGUUUGUUCUUUUGCCCAAGAUGCAUCAUCAAAGAUGCAUAUUGAAGUUCGAAGACCUGCACGUGCGCAAGAAGCUCCGUAAGAGAUCCUCGCGAUUCGAAAUCACGUGUGACAGGGCGUUCGACGAGGUGGUGCAGGGAUGUUUAAGACAGCAUGGCGAGAACUGGCUCUACCCUCCCUUCAUCAGCGUCCUCAAGGAGAUUCUCGAACGGGGAGGAAUCAACGGUGUAAGGAUACAUUCUUUCGAGCUGUGGGAAAACGGGACCAUGGUGGCAGGAGAAAUGGGAUACUCUGUUGGCGGAUGUUACACCAGCCUCUCUGGUUUCUACACGGUCAAGUCUGCUGUGUACAUGUCUGCAGGGAGCGUUCAAUGCAUAGGGACAGCCAAGUUGCUGCAGCAAGCGGGGGCAGCAUUCUGGGAUCUGGGGAUGACGCUCAAGUACAAGCUGGACCUCGGCGCGCACUGCGUCCCCCGACAGGCUUUCUUGGGAGAGAUCUGGAAGACGAGGGACAAGCAGCCGAUCGAGCUUCCUCGCGAGCGAGUGAAUGUGAAGCAACUGCUGGAUUCAUUGUCUUGA